UGCCUUCGCGCUUUGCGCUUCUACGAAUAGACAGUCUCUGAGACAAAAGCAAUGAAGGGAGAGCUUGAUGCUUUUCUAUUUCCACGUACUGAUUCCAUUUUUCAUAAAGUAAAUUACCAAUAUUAACGUUUUUCAGUCUUCUUUCGACUUGCUUUCUCACUGCAGAAACAUGGGCAAUGGCGGCAACCUAAUAGACCCAUUGCAUGACUAAAAUGGUAUGGGAAGAACUUUGCAUGUGACAUAUUUAUCAUAAAUGAUAUGACUGGACAUACAUGUACGUAUAUUACCCAUAUAAGGUGUCUUUACAAUUAAGGACCUUUAGAGGAGAUCGUCAUUUAGAAAAAAUAUGGAGACACGGGAUGACAUUGUCAUCAGCGGCCUCUCCUGCAGGUUACCAGAAUCUGAAAAUGUUCAGGAAUUUCGAGAACACUUAUUAAAUGGAGAUGACAUGGUCACAGAAGAUGACAGGCGCUGGGAGCCAGGGCUGCACGGUUUACCAAGACGAAACGGUAAACUGAAGGAGCUCAGGAAAUUUGACAGCACCUUCUUUGGUUUGAAUCCCAAGCAGGCCAAUGUCAUGGAUCCUCAAUUAAGAAUACUUCUGGAAGUGACGUACGAGGCUCUUGUAGAUGCAGGCAUUAACAUUUCCCAAGCUAAAGGCAGCAGGAUAGGCGUCUUUGUUGGUUCAGCUGGCUCUGAUGCUAUGGAGGCGUGGUCUUCUGAUCCUGAAACUCUGAUUGGUUACAGUAUGACAGGCUGUCAGCCGGCAAUGCUUGCAAAUCGACUGACUUUUUACUUUGAUUUUAAUGGUCCAAGUAUGGUCAUAGAUACAGCCUGCUCAUCGAGCAUUGUCGCCAUGAAUCAAGCUAUAAUGGCUAUUCAGUCUGGCCAAUGUGAAUCUGCCAUAGUGGCAGGUUCACAUAUAUGUCUAAAGCCUUGUACCUCACUACAGUUCCAGAAACUAGAAAUGCUAUCUCCUGAAGGUGCCUGCAAAUCGUUUGAUGCGUCAGGCAAUGGAUAUUGCCGUAGUGAGGGCAUUGUGGCUGUUUACCUACAAAAAGCUCCUGCAGCAAAACGCAUAUACUGUAAGAUUCUAAACUCAAAGACUAAUGCAGAUGGAAGGAAAGAAAAAGGAAUCACAUUCCCAUCAGGAGAAAUGCAAAAGGCUUUGUUGACUGAAACCUAUGCAGAGGCCAAAUUGAGCCCUUCAGAAGUUUCUUAUGUGGAAUGUCAUGGCACUGGAACUCGAGCAGGAGACAGACAGGAAGUCAACGCAGUAACUGAGGUCUUCUGUCAAGAGAGAAGUGAGCCCUUGCUGAUUGGAUCUGUCAAAUCCAACAUGGGACAUUCCGAAGCUACUUCUGGAUUGGCAGCCCUCGCAAAAAUCAUCAUAUUCAUGAAAGAUGGUGUUAUUCCACCAAAUCUACACUACUCAGUGCCUAACCCAGAUAUUCCAGGAUUAUCGGAUGGAAGACUCAAAGUAGUCACUGAGUGUACAAAAUGGAAUGGAGGACUUGUUGGGUUGAGUUCAUUUGGGUUUGGGGGAACAAAUGCCCAUCUGAUUCUCAUGUCAAAUGACCAAAAAGAAGAAGCAGAGAGUUUUUCAGCGGGGAUAGAGCCAAAAUUGUUUACUUUCUGUGGUCGGACAGAGGAAGGUGUACAACAUGUUCUUAAAGAAGUAAAAAAGAACCCAAAAGACCUAAAUCUCCAAGCCCUUUUGUAUGAAAAUGCUUUUGAUGACCCUAAGAUGCAACCAUAUAGAGGUUAUACAUUGCUCAGCACGAAUGAGUUACAGGAAAUACAGAUCUGCCAUAUUGAGCCACGACCAGUGUGGUAUGUAUUCCCUGGUAUGGGGACACAGUGGCAUGGUAUGGGGGAAGCACUGAUGCAAAUAGAAGUGUUCAAACAGUCCAUCAUGAGGUCACAUGGCUACUUGCAAUAUGUGGGUUUCAACCUGAUUGACCUGCUUCUAAACGGGACAGAAGAAACUUUAAAAAGCACAGUUAAUUCUUUUGUGGGAAUUGCAGCUAUACAGGUGGCACUUGUAGACACAUUGAAGCUACUUGGUAUAAAGCCCGAUGGAAUUGUUGGACAUUCUGUUGGUGAGCUUGCCUGUGGCUAUGCUGAUGACUCAAUGACUGCAGAGGAGACUGUGCUAGCAGCAUACUGGAGAGGAACAUGUAUUAUGGAGGCAAACUUAGAAGAGGGGGCCAUGGCUGCUGUUGGUUUGAACUGGACAGAGAGCCAAGAAAGAUGUCCAGAGGGGGUGGUUCCUGCCUGUCACAAUGCUCUGGAUUCAGUGACCAUUUCUGGACCCAAAACUGCAGUGACUAAGUUUGUUCAGGAGCUACAUGACCAAGGAGUGUUUGCAAGGGAGGUUCAAACAUCUGGCGUUGCUUUUCACUCCUAUUUCAUGUCAAAAGUUUCACCCAAGUUGAAAGAGGCCAUGGAAAAGGUAUUUACCCCAAAACCAAGAAGCCCUAGAUGGAUCAGUUCUUCUAUCCCAGAAACCAAAUGGAACACCUCUCUUGCACAGAUGUCAUCUGCAGACUACUACGUCAACAACCUGGUCAGUCCUGUGCUGUUUCAGGAGGCACUGCAGCAUGUCCCUAAGAAUGCUAUCAUUGUAGAGGUAGCUCCACACUGUCUGCUGCAGUCCAUCCUCAAGAGAUCACUGGACUCACAAUGCACCCUGCUUAGCCUGAUGAAGAGAGGGCAUCCAAACAAUUUAGAGUAUUUUUGGACCAAUAUAGGAAAGUUGUAUAUGAAUGGUGCAAAUCCACACCCUCUGAACAUUUACCCGCCAGUUCAUUUCCCAGUUCCCAGUGGCACCCCUAUGAUAUCUCACCUGGUGAAGUGGGACCAUUCCCAGGAUUUUGCUGUGCCAACUCAGGAUGACUUUCAGGCAAAGUCCAAGAGCAGUGGGAAAAGUGCAGACUAUGUGUAUGAGGUGGAUGUAUCUUCUGAGUCACCAGAUCAUUAUCUAGUGGAUCACAUGUUAGAUGGCAGAGUUCUUUUUCCUGCCACAGGAUACUUGGUGCUAGCUUGGAGAGCCUUGGCAAAAAUGAAAGGGCAGUUUUAUCAACAGAUACCAGUGAACUUUGAAAAUUUUGCAAUACAUCAGGCAACAGUCUUAUCAAAAGAUGCCAAGACAUCACUUGAAAUCAGAAUACUGCAGACUACAGGAGGCUUUGAAAUUUGUGAAAGUGGUAGUCUUGUAGCAAGUGGUGUGAUCCAUAGUCCUGCUGAACCAGGAUUACAAACACCUGAGGAAUGGGUGUCAGAAAAUGGGAAAGAUCCAUCCCAAGAGUGGAAACAAUUGACAUCUGAUGAUUUCUACAAAGAGCUUAGGCUCAGAGGAUAUGAUUAUGGUGCAACAUUCCGUGGCGUUUUGUCAACAAACAAUAUAGGUGAUCAUGGUCAGCUAUUGUGGAAGGACAAUUGGAUAACAUUCCUAGACCACAUGUUGCAGAUGUAUCAGUUUGGUUCAGAGAGGAGCAAUCAAGUCAAGUUGCCCACUCGAAUUCGUUCCAUUUGUAUUGAUCCAACAUUGCAUUCCCAAAGGAUGCUCAAAACUGAUGACGACAUUCAUGUAUUUGAUGUCAUGGUAAACAAGUGGGCUGAAACUUGCACAGCUGGUGGUGUUGCAUUCUUAGGAAUACAUACCACAACAGCACCAAAAAGACAACAAAAUCAGACAUCGAUUUGUGUUGAAGAAUACCAUUUUGUGCCUUAUACAGAAACACAGUUGUCACCCAUGCAGGAUGGUUCAAAGUCAAAAGAUGCUCUGUGUGAUGCCGUUUUCCAUUCAAGGACACUGAAGCCAUGCCUCAGUGUGGUGAUAGAAAAUACUGGCACCCCAACAUUGAAGGUUGUAGAAGUGUCUUCUGGAAACAGCCAGAUUUACAAAUCUUUAUUUCAGCUGAUUAAAUCACGUGCAGUUAUGCUCGACUAUACAGUUCUUGGUGAGGAAAUGGGAAAAGAGAUGCAAGAGGAGCUGGAGUCCUUGGAUGGUCAAUUUAUUAAAUGGGAUUUGUCAUCACCACUCCCAAAUGACAUACAACUUGCAAAUCUGGUUCUGGCCAAGGAUUUGUUCAGCAAAGGGAAUAACAUCAUAGCCACACUUUGCAAACUCAAAAGUUUGGUGGAAGAUGGUGGUCUCUUGCUCAUCAGUGAAAACACAGAUGGCCAACAGACACACCAGAUGACAGCUGAAAAUAACAAUAGCCAUGGGACACCCAUGAGUAAAGCAAGUUGGGAAGAAACAUUUUCAGCAGAAGGUUUGCAGAUUGUAUCCCAGAAGGAUGAUGGUAUCUCACGCAUUUCUUUCCUCUGUAGGAAGUCCACUCUGGUGGGAACUGCUACCGUUCUACACAUUGACGACAAUGUCUCAUUUGAGUGGGUGGAUCAGUUGAAGAAAGCAAUGGCUGAUCACAUAGACAAACCUAAAGAUGCAACUAUCUGGUUGGUGUCCAAAAAUGAGCCUUGCAGCGGCAUACUAGGACUUGUAAAUUGCCUGAUAAAGGAGCCUGGAGGUAACAGGAUCAGGUGCAUAUUCAAUGCCAGCGAAGAUCCUUUGCCUGAUGUGACAGUGGGUAGCCAAAUGUUCAAGAUUCUCAGACAGAAGAAUCUUUUGAUGAAUGUGUACAAAAAUGGUCAAUGGGGGUCCUUCAGACAUUUGUCUUCAAAUCAGGAUGUGCAAGAGCCUUAUGCUGAAGUGGAGCAUGCAUUUGUGAAUGUGCUGACCAGAGGUGACCUGUCCAGUUUACGUUGGAUUGAGUCUCCCCUGAAGUAUUUUGAUCCAGACCAGAACCCCAGUAGAGAGCUGUGUAGUGUGUACUAUGCUGCUCUUAACUUCAGAGACGUCAUGCUGGCCACAGGGAAACUGCCGCCUGAUGCCAUACCAGGUUUUCUUGACUCACAAGAAUGUCUGCUGGGGAUGGAGUUUUCUGGAAGAGACAACAGUGGAAGGAGAAUAAUGGGAAUGGUACCUGCUAAAGGCAUGGCUACCACAGUGGAUGCUGACAAGAGGUUCCUAUGGGAAGUUCCAGAUACAUGGACACUGGCAGAGGCUGCCUCAGUCCCAGUAGUCUAUUCUACAGUGUAUUAUGCCCUGGUGGUCAGAGGAGAGAUCAGGAAAGGAGAGAGCAUCCUCAUUCAUGCUGGUGCAGGAGGAGUUGGCCAGGCAGCUAUAUCAGUGGCCCUCCACUGUGGUUGUGAAGUGUACACAACUGUGAGUUCAGAAAAGAAGAAACAGUUCCUUAUGGAACAGUUUCCACAGCUGAAAGACAAACACUUUUCCAACUCACGAGACACAUCAUUUGAAAUGGACAUUCUAAAGGCAACCAAGGGAAAGGGUGUGGAUUUAGUUUUAAAUUCUCUGUCUGAGGAGAAACUUCAAGCCAGCAUCAGAACACUGUCAAACCAUGGAAGGUUCCUUGAAAUCGGAAAAGUUGACCUAUCAAAUGACUCUGCCCUAGGUAUGUCAGUGUUUUUAAAAGAUGUAGCAUUCCAUGGAAUUUUACUUGAUAAGUUCUUUGAAGAUGAAAGUUACAUGGAUAAAUGGCAAAUUGUGGCAGAUCAUGUGACCCAAGGUAUCCAAUCAGGAGCUGUACGUCCGCUGAAAACUAGCGUAUUUGAUAAGGAAAAGGUAGAAGAAGCUUUCAGGUUUAUGUCCCAGGGAAAACACAUAGGGAAAGUGGUGAUCAAGAUUAGAGAAGAAGAACCCGAGACAGUAACCCCACCACGCUUAUUCAAACUCCCUGCAAAAGCCAGAUCCUACUGUGACCCCAAACUUGUCUACAUCAUCACAGGAGGCUUGGGAGGGUUUGGUCUGGAGUUGACACAGUGGUUGAUUGAACGUGGAGGAAGACAUUUUCUUCUUGUGUCUCGUUCAGGGAUCAGGACUGGUUACCAGUCAAGGUGUGUCAGACAGUGGAGGGAUCUUGGAGUGGAUGUCAGGAUUUCGACAAGAAACAUUGCAACAGCAAAAGGGGUGCAGGGUCUCAUUCAGGAGGCAAUGGAGAAAGGACCUGUUGGGGGAGUCUUUCACCUAGCUAUGGUGCUGAAAGAUGCUCUUUUUACAAACCAGACAAAGGAGACCUUUAAGGAAGUAUCUGAACCCAAAGUACUGGGUUCAGUGUACUUAGACCAGUACACACGGCAGAUGUGUGCAGAUACAUUGCACUGGUUUGUUGUCUUCUCCUCUGCCUGUGGAAGUGUUCUUGGAAAUGCUGGACAGACAAACUACGGCUUUGCAAACACUGCUAUGGAGAGACUUUGUGAGAAAAGAUGCUGGGAUAAACUACCUGGUUUGGCCAUUCAGUGGGGGCCGAUAGGUGAUGUAGGAGUUGUAAUUGAUGGUAUGUUAGGAAACAAUGAUACAGUUGUAGCUGGUGGCUCUCCACAGAGGAUUGCUUCCUGCCUAACCACACUAGACCACUUACUUAACCAUAAUUUCCCAGUGAUGUCCAGCUACAUAGUAGCAAACAAGGAGAGAGCUAAAUCAUCGAAUGACACUGAGGGCAAAAAAUCUCUUUUUAAAUCUGUUGGAAACAUUCUAGGUAUAAAAAAUCUUGAAAGCCUGGACCCAGACACAACUUUACUGGAUCUUGGGCUCGAUUCUCUCAUGAGCGUAGAAGUCAGGCAGAUAAUGGGCAACCAUGAUGUUGUGGUAUCACUGGCAGACAUACCAGCAAUGACAAUUGGGAGAAUAAUGAAAUUAGACUAGAUGGAUACUUUCAUGGUUUUGAUGUUAUUCACCUACUUGAUAGGCCUUUUCUUGUACUGAUUUGAGUUUUUUUAGUUUAGGUCAAGUGAGUUAUAGUUAAGUCCCUAGUAAAUCAUAAGAAAAAAAAAUCAGCAGUUUCAAGCAUUUUUGGGCACAUGGUACCUUUUCACCUAUUUGGGAAAGGCAGAGCAGGAUCCACCUAUGUUUUGAAAAAGGGGAAGAUCUGGGUUAAAGGGUUAACCCCCUAGACCUAACUUGCACAAUGUAAAGGUCACACUAAAAAGGAUAAAGGCCAGAAUCUUAUUCCCCUUUCUCUCUCCCCCCUCCCCACCCCCAACCCAGCUCAAGCUCCCAAUCAGUCAACAGUAGGGUGUUGUGAUCACACACUAAGAAGUCAUUACGAUUAUAAAUGGUAUGUUUUCCAAAUUUUUCUUUUAUAAGUUUUGUACUCAAUUCCCAGAUAUUAUCCUUAAAUCUAACAUACUAUUAAUGAAUCAACAUUUUAGAUUAUUUUAGAAGUUUUUUUAGCAUGAGAUAUUUAUGGCAAUUUAUAGCAACAGAAAUGUUAUUUAUAAAGGUUAACAUCUUAGAAUAUCUUUCUAAAGGGUGAGGGGUUUAUAUUUAAAUAUAUUUUGAAAAAUGAUUUAUACAGGAGGUAGAGGUGCAAUUUUUAAAAAAAAUCUUAUUAAACAUAUUAAAUGUACUUGGGUCAUGUUUUACUUUUCUAGUGUUUUAGAAUGUCAUAACUGUCAUCCAAUGAUGUAUCAAAGGUUGGUUUUCACUAUGUACCACUCAAAAGGAUUAAAAUACACAAUAACUGUUUGCUUUAUAUAUACCAUGGAUGAAAUAAUCAGUUUUUUUUUUGUUUGUUUGUUUGUUUAUGUACGUACACAUGAAAACAGUAAGCCGAAAAGACAGCAACUGGAAAAGACAGGUCUAGAUGAUCUGCAUCUGCUUGUUUUAGGCCCCUAUUUCACACAGACCACGAAUCCCACGA